AUGGCUAAACUUUUACAAUUGAAUAACGUUCCAUGCAAGACGUUAUCAACUCCACACCAUUUCCAAAUCAUUCCAAAACCUUCAAUAAUGCAUCUUAACUAUAUGAAACCAAUUCAUAAUUCAAUCUGCGUAUCUCACUUUUUGACCCGAAAGUCAAUCCGGCCGAGACCCGGUUUCCAAGUAUUUGCAGCGGACGACGACGGCCGGGACAAGGAGGAAACGGAGAGGUUGAAGAAAGCUUUGGUGGAUUCGUUUGAAGGGAGUGAUCGUGGGUUGAAGGCCACUAGCAAGGCGAGAGCUGAGAUUAGUGAGCUUAUAACUCAGCUCGAGGCCAACAACCCAACUCCCGCUCCAACUCAGUCACUGCCUCUGCUUAAUGGCAAAUGGAUUCUCGCGUACACAUCUUUCACUGCUCUAUUCCCGUUCCUGUCAAGGGGACAAUUGCAGCUAUUAAAAGUAGAGGAAAUAUCACAAACCAUAGAUGCUGAAAGUUUGACUGUGCAAAACUCCGUCCAAUUCUCUGGUACAUUGGCCUCAAGUUCUGUUACCACCAAUGCAAAGUUCGAGAUCCGAAGUCCGAGGCAGGUGCAGAUCAAGUUUGAAGAAGGCGUAAUCGGAACUCCCCAGCUGACAGACUCCAUAGUGUUACCCGAGAAUGUGGAAUUUCUGGGACAAAAAUUUGAUCUGAAUCCCAUUAAAAGCUUGCUCACCUCUGUCCAGGACACGGCUUCCUCCGUUGUGAAGUCGAUUUCAAGCCGACAACCGUUGAAGUUCUCGUUAGCAUACAACAAUGCAGAAUCAUGGUUACUUACGACGUACCUUGAUGAAGAUGUGCGAAUUUCAAGAGGAGGGAGUGGGAGCGUUUUCGUGCUCAUCAAGGAAGGCUGUUCUCUCUUGAACUAA